CCAUACUUUUCACCACCCAUGGAUAUCCAACGCCAGUUUCCCGGUGUCCACUGGAUCUGGAGCGGAGGCAUAUCUUUUGUGUAUGAGGUCCACCCUCGCAUCGUGGUCAAAAUCCCGAAGUCCGGGGGUUUUGAGAGAGAGCAAUUCCACAAAGAGCUGCAGAUAUAUCAAAUCUUCUCGGAGAAUCCGCCCUGUCCCUCGAUUGUGCAGUGUUUUUACUUUUCCAACAGUGGUAUCUUCCUCGAGUACAUGAGAGACAUGUCACUGUCUUCACGAAUCCAGAAGAAUCACACUCGAGACCAGCAAGCGAUGGUGGUGACCACGGUCCUAGGGUCGUGGAGUUACUCCAGAACAUGGAAUUUCCGAACUUGGAUGGCGAUCCCUUGAUUGAUACGAUCAUUGAUAGAUGUUGGCAUCAUAGAUAUGCCACGGUUUCGGAGUUAGCUGCGCACACGAAGGCACUAUUGAACGAACGAAGAACCGAUGCGAUGGAAAGGAACGAAAGCAGAAAAGAAGGCAGCGAAGGGGUAACCUCUGUCACAACCGUGUUCGACGACCGAUGGCGUACGGUCAUGAGUCGCAUAAUUAAUGGAAUAUGGGGCUAUGGCCUUGGAGAGUUGUGGAGGAGGUUGUUAUCGCUGGGUUUCCGCCGCGAGGCAGCAACAACUGAGCGGACAGGUGGCGAUCAUGGUAAUGCAAUGGAUCCAAAAUACUCCUUGGGGAAGGAAUUUUCUUCGCAAAGGCAAUUGUGCCAGGACCUGGAACAACGGGGGCUUCUUCGCAUGCUUUCUUCGGGGGAGCCUGAGCAGAUUGGAUUCACUUGUGAAUGGUAUAGGCACAGUCUCUUAGGGUAAAUAUGGUGGAGGAUUUCAAGAGCUGCCUCGUUGCACGUAAAAGUGUAUAUACCAACCUGAGCUGUCAGGCUUGCGAGCGGGUUUGGAAGGCCGGAA